AAUGACGUCAAUGGUGGAAUUACCUCAAAAGCUCAAUUUCCAUAAAAGGUAUUGAAUCACUAGAUCUAAUUUCGUAAUGUCAAAAAAAAGUGUUUGCAAAAUUUGCAAUGACCAACACGUCACCAUUGAAAAUUUUACGACAGCUAACUAAAACUAUAAGAGCUGAUGGUAGAAAAUAUAGAGAUUUCAGAAGGAGAAUUUCUCAAGGUGACCCUAACAGUCCAGUAGGUGGCGUUAGCCAACUCUCUAACUCCGCCAAUUUUAUGGAGGAAAAUGAUGAAAACCCGGGCUCCGUCGAAGAAGAUUGCAAUAAAAUUGAAGCAAAUAAACUCUCACAAAACUUAUGCAAAUUUGGUGAGAGCUAUGGUCUUCCUGCAGAGCGUCGGUCAACAGCGUCCUUUGUAGAGGACGACGAGUUCCAUUACCUGAAAGGAGAAAAAGUUCAGAGGUCACGAUCUUUAAAGACAUAUAAAACUCCUCCAGGAACACCGCAUCAGAAAAAGGUGGUUAGAUUUGCUGAUGCUUUGGGUUUAGAUUUAGAGGAUGUAAGAACUAUUAUGAACAAAGAUUCCCCUCCAUCUAUACCAGCAUCGGCAAUAGAGCCAUUAAAGAAAGGAUUAGAGGAAGAACAAAAUGGUAAUAAACACAUCGUUGUCUGCUUUGAACAACCGGGAACGUCUGUCAAUUUUCUGAAUCGAGUUCAUUACCAGAAGAUCUGUUUGGAAAGUGUUCAAGUGGAGGAUCAAACUGUUUCAGGAAUAAUUCGAGUGGGAAACAUUGCCUUUCACAAAACAGUAAUAAUCAGAUACACUACGAAUGAAUGGCUCGAUUAUGUAGAUGUUUUUGCUUCAUAUGUUUUAAAGUCUUGUGAUGGCAAGACUGAUAAAUUUUCUUUCACACUUUCUAUUCCUGAUUCCUUUAGAAUUGGACAUAGAUUACAGUUUGCCCUAUGCUAUAAAAUAGAAGGGGCAGAAUUUUGGGAUAAUAACGGAGGUAAUAAUUAUGUGCUAGAGUGUUUCGCACAUUCUUUCCCUACUUUGGAUUCCGAUAGAACCUGGAUUCAUUUCUUAUGA